UGCGCGGGGCAUGCGCAGCCGAUGGCGAACGUCGCUGCCUGACGCCAGUCUGUCGGGGGUCGAAGUGUCGGCUACAUCGGUUCGGUUGGUUUUCGUCGCAUACCACGGCGUCCCAGCGGCGCUCUCACCCUUACGCGGUAAUACCGUGCCCACCCCUGAUCACGUCACGCGAGAUUCGUUGCGGUGCAUCGACCAGGGUCGACGUCAACGGUGCAGUGCCAGAGAGGGUGGUAGUUUGCCGCGACCCGACCGGGAUAGCUUGACGAAACGCGGGGGUGGCCGUUUCGCUUUCGGUCCAAUCCCUACUACCACCUUUCUCACGGAUUUUUCGGUGCACCUCUUUCGUUAGCUUCGGGAGGUGGGGGGGGGAGCGUGUAGUUCUGUCUAGGGCUGGUUGCUUCCAGCGAGUGAGAACGUCUGUCCGGCAAUUUGACAAAACUUGAAAUUACUUUGGCGCAUCCGAUAAAUCGGAUCUUAUCGGGAAACAAUUUUCCCGAUUCUCGGCAAAGUUUGAAGAAAUAUUCCGAUCGGGGUGCCGGCGCGGGUCGCCGGGAGGGUGGAGAAAAAGCGGAGAGAAGGGUGCUCGCAGAGCUGUGCGUAAAAGGAAUCCCGUACAAUAGUGCGUUUGACCUGUUUGAAUUGUGAUGAAGAAACGAUGAUAGCGUGCGACCAUCGUAGUGUUGUGCAGAUGAUCGGAAAUCAUCACUCAGUGAUCUGUCGAGAAAGUGCGAAUUUAAUGGAGUAAUUUAAAGAUAAUUGUAAAGUUUUGUUUACGUCUCUACAAGUGUCCACCUAGAAAAACUUGCGGGAAAUUAGCUCCUGAUCAGUAGUGCGAUUUUAAUCUAACUAGGUUAAUUGAAAAUUGAAGCUGUUGUCUCUCAGCAAGAAUAGCGUCACAUCCCUGGGAAGAUUUGCAUUUUAUGCCGGAAAGAUACUGAAAGGUUUAAAUAUAACAGUGACGUACUCCUUGAAUGCAACAAGCAAAGCUUCCUGGAUGCUUCUUUUAUUUCUCAACCACGGUGCGCGUGUCUUUGUGCGUAUCUCUUUAAGCGUCAAACCAGCCGAGGCAGCUAAUGGAUUUUCAGUUCCACAUUUAUCGAUUGCAAGGAAAAUCUAACGUUCUUUAAUGCAAAUAGCUUUAUGCUGCGUUUUACUUUCCUCAAAAACUGAAAACCGGAUCAACGUCAAUUUCCACACCCGUAGUGAUGUUUUUCAGAGAAUUAGCUUCCAAAGAAAAGUCAUUUGCUGAAAAAUUACAUCAGUAAAUGUUCCAUCUGACUCGAUCGAGAGAUUAGUUCGAUGAAUUACGAGAUGAGAGCCAGAUGGGACUCUCGUUAUCUACGAUCCGUCCAAAGAAAUUUCGAAUGAGAGAUUGGCAGAUUUGUUUUCUCGUAGUUUCCUCUUUUUUCUUGCCAAGAUGAAACGAGCAGGUAAAUAUUCAAAGAGCAGUUUGCUCCUGAACGUGAUUAGAGCCGGUGCAUUCUAUCUCUUGCGAUACAUUAAGCACGCCAUCAAAAAUGAGAUCGUCUUUGUGUAAACGAUAAGACACGUGUGUGAAUCUCUUUUAUAUCAGCAGACGUGAGUGAGGAAACGGAAAAUCGUCAAACGACGAGGUUAUCUUCGUGUCGAUCGUGAAGAGAUCCUGAUUUUAAUUGAAAAUUCCAAUCUAGACAUUAUAGUCUGUCACUGAAAAGUGUAAAGUUCUCUUCUGACAGUGUGUAUAAAGUGUGUGUGUGUGUGUGUAUAAAGUAGUUCACUCAUUGUUCUCAUUAGACGUCCAUGAUAAAUUAAUGACAAUUUUUCUUACGUGUAGAAAAUUUGUACUGUAUCAGUGAAGCAACAAGACGAAAUAUCGAACAUCAUUAAAACUUGCAAUUCGAUAGCACAAAGCUGAUUCAGUUCGAAGGAUAACGAUGACGUUUAUUAGCAGAUCAUGCUGAUCUUCGCCACAGCAUCGAUGGAAUAUCUGAAUUUAACAUUACUAAAUAUCUAGUUAGAUAUUAAGACUGAAAAAAUCUAAUACACAACGUGUAUUAAUAAAAUACAAUCUCUGUGACUAGGAAGAUAUUACUCAGGAUGUUUUUCCAAUCUAUUAAUCUGCAGUCUUCCUUAGGUCAAUUGCAUCAGAAUAGAUAGAUAAUCAAGGACGAUUUGCGAUCAUUCUUCUUUCCUGAAUAACUUAAAUACAGAGAAUGUAAAUCCAGAAGACUAUUACAAAUCCUUCAAGACCAACAUAUUGGAAAACCUAAUUUUUAAUUUCAUCGGUUUCUUGCAUACAUUAUUUGAACUCAGGAAUAUCUAAUUAAAGACAAUAGCUCUGUUUUAGAAUUACUAAACAGAAUCAAGACCAUGAUUUUCUUUAACUGGACUGUCACAAGAACUAUCGUAAAAUAGCAACAAAUUUUACCCUUUACCUUCCGAUCGAGGCCAUCUUAAGCACAUCGAUUUAGCCAAGGAAAAUCUAAAACAGUUAUUGAACCUGCCCUUCACUUUGAAGGAGACUGAUGUAUCCAGGAGGAGGACAAGCUCCCGAGUACCGCGAGAUGGAUCAGUUCGCUUGCAUCCGCACCUCUGAAGGUGGUUAAGAGGGAAAUAGUCGCGGUGGAGGACAAGGAAGGCGGUAUGAGAGACGUCGGAACGGCGAAAAAGUGAUCGGCGAAGUGACGCCGAAGACGUCGGUGAUCGCGUCAAGAUGACGUCGUCGAUCCUGGCGCUGCUCGGCUUAAUUCUGGCGACCGCCGGCGCCGAGCUGAGCUCGAGGAUCGUCAGGACUAAGUACGGCGAGCUGUCGGGCGUGAUCGUUACCCUCGAUCGAUACCUCGAGGGUGUCGAGGUAUUCCGCGGCGUGCCCUACGCCUCGCCGCCGAUCGGCUCGUUGCGCUUUAUGCCGCCUGUCAGUGGUGCCCUUUGGCAUGGUGUUAAAGUCGCCGACAAGUUCGGACCCGUCUGUCCCCAGAAGCUGCCCGAGCUCAGCGACAAAAUGCCCAAGGGCAGGGUAGAGUACCUCAAGCGGCUGCUGCCCUACCUCAAGAACCAAAGCGAGGAUUGCCUGUACCUCAACAUUUACGCGCCGGUUCAAGCCGGCGCGAGGGACGGUGGCAGCAGAAGAUAUCCUGUGAUUGUGUUCGUGCAUGGCGAGAGCUACGAAUGGAGCAGUGGAAAUCCUUACGACGGCAGCGUCCUGGCAAGUUACGGGGGCGUCGUCGUCGUCACCAUCAACUAUAGACUCGGCAUUCUGGGCUUUCUAAACGCCAACACAGACUCGCACUUACGCUCGCCGGCGAAUUAUGGUCUGAUGGACCAGAUCGCAGCGUUACACUGGGUACAGGAGAACAUCGCUUAUUUCGGGGGCGAUCCCAAAAACGUCACGCUGGUAGGACACGGCACCGGCGCCGCCUGCGUGAACUUCCUGAUGACCAGCCACGCGGUACCCGACGGUCUACUGUUCCAUCGGGGCGUUCUGAUGUCGGGCAGCGCACUUUCACCCUGGGCGUUGGUGAGAGGCGCCGCCAAUUACGCCAUGCAGGUCGCCAAACACCUAAAUUGUUCGUCGGUGGCGGAAGAUCCUCAGGCUCUGUUGAAGUGCCUGAGAACUGUGUCCUUGAGCGAGCUGGUAUCGGUGCCUGUUAAAGGGCUCGAGUUCGCGCCGGCCUUUGGCCCCAGUAUAGACGGCGUCGUAAUCGAUCCCGGCGAUCCCGAGGAUCAGGACUACACCCUGCAAGUCGACACGAUCAAUACGCUCAACAACAUCCUUCUGAGGAAGGACGUCGUGGCAAAACUGUCGAGGUACGAUUUGAUGGUGGGUGUUGUUCGCUCCGAGGCGUAUUUUUCGUUAACCGCUGACGAUGCUCAGUACGGGAUCGAAGCCGACAGAAGGACGAAGAUUCUGCGUGAAUUCGUGCGGAACACGUAUACGUAUCACCAACCGGAGAUCCUAGCAACCAUAAUAAACGAGUAUACGGAUUGGGAGCGGCCUGUGCAACAUCCUGUCAAUAUUAGAGACGAGACUCUAGAAGCCUUGGGGGACGCGAAUACGGUCGCUCCGGCAACGAGAACCGCGGAUCUUCACAGCCAAUCCCAUAGGAAUUCCUAUCUAUAUGUCUUCGACUAUCAAACGAAAUUCGGAGACUAUCCUCAGAGGCCGGGAUGUAUUCAUGGAGAGGAGCUGCCAUAUUUUUUCGGAGCGCCCCUGGUCGGAGGUUUGUCCCAUUGGCCGAAAAACUAUACUAGGGCCGAGAUAGCGCUCUCCGAGAGCGUGAUACUCUAUCUGACAAACUUUGCACGAACCGGGAAUCCGAACGAGGGUACUCCUGAUUCUGGAUCUCUCGGUUCCAGACCAGAAAGGACCAAGUUUAAAAAUAUCGAUUGGACCGCUUAUGAGGCCGUCCACAAAAAAUAUCUUAGCAUAGAGCUCAAAUCGAAACUGAAGAACCACUACAGGGCCCAUCGUCUUUCCUUUUGGCUGAACUUGGUGCCUGACCUUCACAAACCUGGCUCAGACGACGUUCCUAGGUCGCAUCAUCUUCUAGACGCCGAGCAGGUGCCACCCAGAUUCAUUCAGAGGGUGCCAACGACCGCGAGAACAACCACCUUGGAGGUAACUUCCAUUGAGAAAUCGUCAACCAACGUGUCAACGGUUGUUCCUAGCGAUAUUACCUUCGAGGAUACCACAGCGUUACCUGAGGACGGCUUCGCGGCGUAUUCGACCGCCCUGAGCGUGACAAUCGCGAUCGGUUGCAGCCUCCUGAUCCUAAACGUGCUCAUUUUCGCCGGGGUGUACUAUCAGCGCGACAAGAGCAACCACCAGCAUCACGGCUGCUCGAAGAAGCGCCAGGAGAACGGCCAGAUGCCAAACAACAUUUGCGGCGAACUGGAGACCAAGACCGCCGAACGACAUCACAUCCAGCAUAUACCGCCGCCAGAGUUCGCCGACCUCCAGAAUAAUACCUGUCACGUGCCUAUGCCGCCCCCGCCACCGAAGAAUACGAAGCCCAGCAAGCCUGGUCAGAACCUCAUCAUCAGUCCCAACCAGCUUCAGCAGGAGAGCUUGGCCAUGACCGGCACCGGGACCUUGAAGAAGGGACACAAUCACCCUCAGGUUAUGGAGGAGCUAAGGGUCUGACUCUAGGAGACCGCGCGGCCACUGAACUAAAUUAACGUGGCCGCGAGGGAAUUAAAAUCCUGAAACCAACCCAGCGUUCAGGGACUCAACCAACCCACUUCGAAACGAAGCUCUCCGUUAUCAUCUGACCAUGGACAUAAUCGGGACAUUGAAGAAGAGGAACACAAUCAUUACCAGAUCAUAAAGAAGCUGAGAAUCAGACUCUAGCGAAUACCGAAACUUUUAGAUUAGAAUCCUAAAACGUCGAGUGUUGAGAAGCCGCGCCGGGAUAAUUCUUUAGUAGAAGAUUUUUCGUCACCUUCGUUUGGCCGCAAAUGGCAUCUUCUAGAAGAAACCGCGGGACGAUUAAAAGAGGCAAAGUCUGAUAUCAAAACAGAAAAUCGUUUUAGGAAUAAUGUUUUCCAAAUGAUACUCGACGGAAACAAAUGGAACAAUUCUGCAAGGUUUUCCGAGACGACCGUGAUAUUGUCGAUAGAUAGGAAGUGAUAAAGGACGAAAAGUGAAUGAAGGACUUUCAUUGUUACGCGAGAAGUACGCAUUAGUAUAGGGGCGUAACUGGGAUUUUGAGCUCGGAAGCCAACUGCUGGUCUUUAUACAAAGCCAGAAAAGAAAUCAGGGUUUGCUCGUGUUCGGACCAAGCAGUCGUUGCUUCCAUUUGCUGUGCCCCUGUUAGUGGCAACGCCAUAACUGUUAUCGUUUUCUACCUUUCGAAUUUGCGACCAACUGCCGAAAACCACCUAGUCUUCGAUGGAUAGACAAAUCUGCGUUAAGUAGAAUUCUUCAUCCUCUCAAAAAAAAAAAAACUUGACUACAUUACAUUUUGUAUUUCUUUUUGAUAUUUUUAUUAUGUUUUCCUGAACAAAAAUUUCAUAUUUCAAAUUUUAUUUAGAUUCAUUUUAUUUAAGAGUCCUAAUUUUGUUAUCAAAGGUUGUUGUCUUUUUUGUAUAUUCUUUUCGAUUUUCAUGGUAAAAAAUUAUUGUGACAAAUUAGUAAGUAAUUUUCAUACGCACACACAAUUAAUGAUCAAAAUCAAUGAUGCUUUCUUAAUCUACUUUUAUUUUACCUCUUGUUCCUCCUUCUUCUCCCUCUCCCUCAUUACCCUUCCAUCUAAUAUAGACUGAAGGCUCGAGCUGAUUUGAAUCGUGCCGACACUGUCCUCGUUCUUCCGAGUGAUGAUUAUAACAAUGGUUCGAAUCGCUGCCACGACGAUUUAUUUCUAUAACGUCGAUUGUUCAAAUGCUCAAUUAAAUAAAUACUUAAUUAACACUUUCUUCCUCCAGCUCUUUCUCUUUCUCGCGUGACUAAAUUUUUACAAACACCAAAUUUAUCAUUAACAGCAAAAAAUGUUACGACAAAAAAUUGACAGAACGAAAUUUCGAUGAUUUCAUGAAAUUAUUGCAAUAUUCUAAUUUUUUGCAAAUUAAAAUAUAAGAUAAAAUUAAAACGCAUUUCUGCACGAUAAAAAUUUGAUGAAUUUUCUGAGAAUGAAAGAGUUAAAAAUGGGCGCCCGAGAAUCGAACAAUUUUUUUAAACAUAAGAUAAAAAGAAAGUCAAAUGAGCGACAACAGCAUAACUGCCAAACGAUCGCAAAUUAAGAAAACAUGCGAAUCGUUGAAUAAAAAAUCUCACGUGAUAAGUUAAAAUUUGAAGACGGAAAACUGUUACGAUAGAAAAAAAAAAACACUUUGCUUUUAAUCCAUCAAUGUUUUACAAAAAUAUGACAACUACAAAUUUAAUUAAUUCUUAUUAUUUUAAAUACAAUAUAAACGUUUUCAAAAGAAAAUUACAUGCGAGGCAGGCAUUCGCAUAAAAAUUGAUUGCAAAUUAAAUAUUUUAGAAAAUAUUUAAAAGAAUUAUUGUAUAUAAACUUUUCAUUACAUACCAAUUCUUUAUUUUAAUUUUAUAUUUUAAUUUCACUAAUCUCACAUCAUUCGUCAGUUUUGUAUCAUUUUUAAAACUAGUGAGUAAUAAAAACAAAGAACGAUUAAAUUUAACUAGUUGUCCUAUUUUUAAGGGAUUAACAGAGAUUUUUUUAAUAUCUGAACGGAUGACUGAUAAAAGGACUUUCGAAUGGAAUUUCGACUGUAAAUAAAGAUUAAUUAAGUUUAGGUCUGUCGCUGAUGCGCUGUUAAUGAGUGAAGGGUAUCGAAGAGCUCGGGAAUGGCUCCGAUUGUAAUAAUAUUGCACAUCAACGAGAAAAAUGGUAUGUCAGCGUAGUCGGAAGCACACUGGACGUAAUUUUAAAUUUGUAUAUAAUUGACAUUACAAUAAACUAUGUAACAAACUA